AUGUGGAAGCCGGGCUGGUUAAUUCUUGUAUUUAUAGCUUGUUUAGAAGUUAAAGGUAAGCUUACAAAGUACUAUGAACUAAGAUAUUAGCAAAUGAUCAAUCUUAUGUCAUUAUUUAUGAAAUAUCAUUAUAUGAAAGACAGAGUGAUUCAUCAUUUGCCUAUGAACGCCUCUAUUUCUGAUAAUUUUUGUUGGAUGAUUGUCCCUCUUUUAACCUUCAAUGAAAACUUCAUGAUCCGGCCUAGAAGUUACAUUGGAAAACAACGAAACAAAGUCAUAGAAAAUCACCAAAAAUCCAAAACCUGUUAUUAUUUCCGCGAUAUAUUUUUCUCGCUUGUUUCAUAGCUUUUCUGCUACUUUUUGUGGUUUUGUUAAGUUGUAUAACUUUCAAUCCAGAGAAGGCAACUUAAUAAGACAGCCAAAAUUUCGUAUAAAAAUUGUUCCUUAAAAAAAUCUCAAAGUGUCGUAGAUUGUACGCCUGUUAGUUCUUUGAAACCAUUAAUAUUACAUAAGCAAUGGCGACUUCGACUCAGUUAAUCUCUUCUCUUAAUUUACUUUUCUGCAGUUAACGGAAAAUUUCAUAUAAAACCAAAAAGUCACAAAUCCACGGAAAAACAGACAUAUGAGAAAGAAAGUGAGUAUAUGUUUACUAAUAUAUAUAGCGCUCAAAACAUAUGAACAUUAUUAUUGUUAUACUGUCACUUAAGGAAGAGAUAUUUGGAGACGAGAAACCCUUUUAGUUAGAUUUGAGCGUUAUUAGAAAGGCAGUCAUAAUCUGCGACGUAAGAUCACCGGACAAAAGGGGAAAUACACACUGUUAAAACUGGACCUUUUACAGAGCUAGUGAAAUGUCUAUUAAAUUGUAAAUUUGUAGACUUUUUAUGAGUGCAAAUCUUCCAAACUUUUUCAGAGGGAAAACUUGCAUGUCUGUAAAAAGUUUGCAGAUAUUUCAUAAAGUUUUUUUUUGAUAUAUUUAUAUCGAGAUUGGUCAUAAAAAUUCUCUUAGUUUUUCCUGCGGAAUGAAGUGAGGAGACGAAGACUUGACCAAAAACUCUGAAAAAUCUUUGUAAAUCAGUUGACAUUUAUAGGGAUUGUCUUGAGUUCUUUCUUUCCGUAAAAUCUCUGUAAAAUGGUAUAAGCAGGGCAAUACCCUUAGCUCUGAACACGCAUACUUGAAAUUUUAUGUCGGUACGUACAAAAUUCAGGUUUAAAAUUCAGUGUCUUUGUAGCCCUAUAAUCCAACCUAACAUGGCUUUAUAUCCAGUUUUAAUGAAAUCAAGCGUGCGAUAGGAUUAAAAUAUAACUUUAUCCUUUUAUUCUAAUCAGGUCUAUUUAAAAGACCUAAUUGAUCCUCGAAAACGAGAGGGGUUAUUUUCCUUUAAGCUUGUCGUUAAUCUUGUGCGCACGAUUUCAUAUUCAACAACACCCCACAUUAGAAUCAUUUUCAGUUUCUGUUUUAUAAAAAAAUAAUAAAUCGCUUGGACAAGGUUUGUCAUGUAAACUGCUUGUUCGAUUCGUUUUCCUUCGCAGCAAAACAAGUGAAAAGAGACACGGUUCCUGUGCCAAGCGGUAAGGAAGUUAUGAGGUCAUUUUUCUUCACGUCAUGUUUAUAAAACAUUUUGAUUUCCCGCCAUGAGAACAAAGAACGUCCUGUAUAAACUGUUUAGAAGUUAUUGUUUCAACAAUCAAUUUAUUUUGCCUUCUCACAAGAACCAAACACAAAGAUAAUAACAAUGCUUGUCAUUCCGCUCCUUAGUCAAAGACCUGUAACUCAAGCUGCGAUAAUUUCUGGCUGUGGCAGGUUAAGCUCUUGUUUGAUUGGCCGCUGACUCGUUUGCUAUCUCGUCGAAGGUCGCGUCCCAUUCGCUGCCUUCGAUUUUUUCCUAAGUAUAUCUAUAUUCAUAUCUUUCGAUGGUCCGAAUUUCAGACAUCUCUUCGAGUCGCAUACCCCUGUCCUUGAGAGGUGUAUGCGGCUCGAAGGGAUGUCUGAAAGUCAGGCUUAAUUUACCGACUCAUUUCCGAAAAAGGUUAAUUUGUUUGUACAUGUCGGUAGCUUGUAGUAAUUAAUUGCAAUGCCAACACUGUAUACACCUGUUUAUAUUUCAUCAGGAUACCCUUCAAGCUAUGGUUCACAGUACACUAAUAUGGCUCAGUCCACCAGUGAAGGUACUCAGUCGCAAAAAGAACCAUACAUUUAAUAACGUCCGGCCUUUUCGACAGGGAAACCAUAGGAUUUUGAGGGCAGAAAUUCGUCUUUUCGUAGCUUGAAAACAUUUUCAGUUAAGGAAAAAAGCGUAUGUCUGCCUGGUUUCUCUAGACAUGCAUCUUUUCGCAUACAGACAGUCAAUUACACGCUAGUAUAACAGACUAAAUGUUUGCAAUUUGCAAACCUUUUACGAAGUUGAGUCCCCUUUAAAAGUCCUUUUAUUUGCUCCGUGUCUAUGAACAAAUGACGAUGUUCUAGUGAAUUCAAUUAGUGCUUUUAAGCUAAUGCAGAAAUGUUUGCGGUUAAGUUGCAAAUGUGUUAAAUUCUGCCGGACAGUUAUCUCUAUCAGCACUGGGCCGGUUCCAAGUGUCUGUCUACAAGAGAGGCAUCUUAAAGAGAGUCAAAGGAUAGACUGAAGAAGGGAAGGGACCAACUUUAGGUAUCUGUUUCACCCAGAUGUUCGCUGGAGAGAAUAGAAUGUACUUCAACGUGUUCUAGGCGACAGCAAUAGUAUUCACCAUUAUUUUAACGGUAAAUUUGUACUCCCCACCACUGUUGAUUAUAACUACGUUUCAGCUUACAACACAGCAUCUACUGCUCAGACCAAAUCAGCGAUGCCAUAUCCUGCUGCCUCUCCAGCAACCUCUACAGCAGCAGGUGCUCCUGCCUCAGCUUCAGCAACCACCGCUGCCUCCGCUCCUGCCCCUGCGCCCGCCCCAGCCGCAGCCGCAGCCGCUCCUGCUCCAGCCCCAGCACCAGCACCAGCAUCACCUCCAGCCGCUGCUGCUCCAGCACCAGCUCCAGCAGCUGCUGUCCCGGCACCAGCCCCAGCACCUGCAGCACCCGCUUAUGCUGCAGCACCAGCCCCCGCCAGAGCGUCCGUGCCUUCUUAUCAACCUUCAUCCAGUACCUACAGCUUCAACUACAAUCCAGCUCCAGCACCAGCUCCCGCUCCGUACUACUCGUACCCAGCUCCCGCGGCCUAUCCUUAUCCAGCGUAUGCUACCACUAUGAUCGCUUCCGCAGGUAAAUGGUCUCUUUAAUUGAGAAGUAGUUAUAAACUUAGAUUAUCCCUACUGAGCUACGUUCAAAUUCUUAAUAAAAUAUGGAGCUUUUUAAAUUAAUGAAAUGCUAAAAAAUAUGGACCAUUUCAUUGAUCGUUCUUACGACCUGUACUAUGUAUAGGACAGAUCAUACCACUUCAAAUAAUAAUGCAAGAGAGUUUUUAUUAUUCACUGUAUUAUUUAAUGCCGACGCGGAGUUGAAGUAUAUUUCGCGAUGCAGAAAAAAAAUGUCCUGUAGCAUUUAUGAGACAAACCGUGUAAUGUUUGCAGUAAUUUUUCAGUCUGUGUCAUUACAAGUUUUCAAGCUUAAAGCACAGGUUACCGAGGAUGAGUGAUAGUACCACAGGGCGAAUUGGAAACUUGUGAAAUUACAGUGUUUUAAUGGCGUAGCUUCACAAAACUCCGUGCGAGCAUUAUUAAGGACAAGAACAAUUAACUGCAGAGUAAGUUACAUUGACUAUUAUUUGGUAUUUACCAAAUAUUUUAGGAUCGUAUCCUUACCCCAUACAAAGAACACUGCAAUUUUACAAGAAUCGUACAGUGGCCGGCUGUCACUGAGCCGCCUGGGUUAUCUGUGCUUAAAGAAGCUAGCCAGCCGCUUGAAGCCACUUACAAAGUAACCAUUACUCAAAUCACUGACUGUCUAAACAGCCAUCGAAUUCAUAUGCAAUACAUAAAACUUAGAAAAAAUUUGAAAUUUUUACUUUUCAGUUGCGCAAGUGGCUAAAUCUACUGCUAGUCAAGGUAUGAUUCGGCAUCAUGAACACUGCUGAGACACAAACGACACAAACAUCAAUAACUUCGAGAACGAAUAACAUUUAAGACACGAUUAUUUAAAAAGCGGACGAUAUCGACAAAGCUUCAGUAAAGGCAAAAUGUAAUUUGAGCCUGAGUUAGAACAUUAAGUUAAACCUCGAUUACUCGAUUACUCAAACAUGCCCAUAAGCUGACCAAAGCCACUAAAGAUGCAGGUCUUAAAAUUAUGAAUAUACAUAAUGGUUGAGUUUUGUUAUUUAACACUAUAUUUAAACAUUGAAACUGUUUCCUCUUGUCUUUUGUAACGGAUGGCAAGGAUGGAAAAGGAUUGAACCUUGAAAACGAUGGGCCAGCUUCUUCAAGUUUCAAUGCAAUGCCUGCAAAACUUACCAAAAAUAUGUUUUGUUUAAUGCUCCCCUCCAAAAUUAAUUGUUUGAUACCUUCUUGAUUAAUAUAGGAGAGAAUUUCGUGAAUGAAUAAAGAUACUAAGUAAUGACUUUAGCACAGAAUUGACCACUAAAACAGAAAUAUGCUCGUCACAUAACCACUUUAAUAUGAGUAAUUCAUUGAGUAAUUCUACGCACCGUUUGUUAAAGCAAGACCAGAGGCAUAGGACAGGGUUAUAUGCUUUUGGCAAGGCAUAAUAAUGCACUGAAAGCUAAACACAAGGGCACCCAACAACGUUUUCCUCCAAAAUACAUUGACACAAACACUUUCUAGGCUAUCCAGAGUAAAGACUCGAUAAAUGCAUUCUAAACGACGCAAGGGCUUCAGUACUAUUUUCCCAAACAUUUUAGAUGCAAAUAAACGUAUUACGAAAAUGAGAAUUUUCUAUUCCUCUCUCCAUCGCAUUUUUGAAUCCGAAAAUUUUAGGUUUCCUUUUUUGUACGAAAAACAGUCUUACCUGGGCAGUGAAUUUACUAGAUAAGCUUCGAAAAUUGUACGUGAAUGGAAUGGUCAUCUAGAAAAUUUAGCCUUCCUCAAGUAAUAGAAAAUUCUAGGCAAUGUUUGCUUCUCCGAACAGAUACUUUACAGAAAACAGUCGUUUGGAGCUCCUGUAAACAAUAGGUUUAUAAAAACGAAAAAAAUAAGUUAAUAAUAAUAAUAAUGGAGUUAUAUAAAAAUAUAUUCAAGCAAGGGUUGAUUAUUUUAAAUACUGAACACCAUCUUUGUGUCUUUAAUCCAGGUUCAGGCAAAGGCAAAGGUAUGUAUUUCGUAUACUAAAAAAAGGUUUUGUCUUAAAUGUGUCGACUCCAAAGUCGAAGCGUACCGUGUUGCUACAGUAUCUAUAGGUUUAUGUCAUCUGAUUCCUUUUUCACAAUCAUUAAUUUGUUUACUAAUUUUUUUAUUUUCUCUCCCAUAGCACGAAGCAAUUUGGCAGGUAAGUGGAGAAAAGCAUUUUAGUUGCGAAAGAGUUAGUUUAACAGUGGAAGAUUUAACUUAAGCGGCGGCAGAAUUUACUUUCUCCGGGGUAGUGUUAGCAUUUAACCGCAGCAGGGUUAGCCCUGCAGCUAGGCAAAACGGCUUAGCGAGAUUUCAAGGGUUUGUUCAGCUCAGUCACAGACUGAGGAUAAUUGAAGAUAAUUUCCCUGCUAACGGCUAGACCCUUGUGUUGUUCAGAUAACCAUGUAGAAAUCCCGGUUCCGUCUGCAGUGGGGGGGCUAGUACUGAAUAGUGUCCUCAAUAUAAAUGUAUUCAGGAGCACCUUUUACGGACAAGGGCCUUUGCUAGGUUGCAUCGUAAGAUGGCAGAGCCUGAGAGCUCUUACCUUCUGUUCUGGAACAAUAACCUAUUGUCUUGAAAUAAUAUUUACGAGUUCUCCUACUCUUAAGAUGUUUUUUGCAACGCGACCUUUGCCUCUUAUUAAUUUAAAGAUGGCCCAAAGUAAGGCAGGCGCUUUCGAAAAAGCUGGCAUGGAUUUUCGGAUCGUGUCUUCAGGCCCUGUCGGUUCAACAGAAUUUCACAAGAGCUGCGACAAUUUUUAUAGCUUUUUAGGAUAAAAGAACGUUUAUCUUGCACUAGGCCUCGCUUUGCUGUUGAUUUCACAAUACAUUCUACCACCCGCAAGUUACUACCAAAAUUGCGAAGAUCUAGUGGCCGCUUGACAUUCACUUAGGAGGAAUUGUGGAGAAUAAUUCAUUGCAUGUAAUUUCCAAGGCACGAUAUAUCAUCCAAAAAGGGAGUAGAAGUUGUCUUUUUCAGGAAGUUCUACUGAACUGAAGUCAUUUAAUAAGUGGUCGCUGAUGGGAGGUGGUCUCUUGUUAGAGGUGGUCAUAGAUAGAGGUUGGACUGUAAUUUUUUUUAGUGAAAUCCAACUAGUGGUCUAUUAUCAAUGCUGCGUUGUGAUUGGUUGAGCUACUACUAGGCUAUAUGUUAUAGCCCCCUAGUUGCGAAAAGCGCGGGCUUUUAGGCAGCAAAACAAGGAUUAAAGGCUAGCUUUAACUAGCUAAACUUUUAUUAUUCUCGAUAUUUUUUACCAACUAGUUGCAUUUUACUAAAACAAUUAUUCCUCUCGCCCUCAUGGGCUAUUGACUCAAUGCCCAUUCGGGCUCGAGGAAUAAUUGUUAAAUAUGACAGUACAACCAUUCACAGGAAAUGAGUUAAAUUGCGUGUAGGGGAAAUUCGGAAAUGGCCUACUGUAGUAGUGACAGACUUCUCUCUUUUUUAAACAUUUUGUUUAGGUGUUUGCAUAGAUGACGAAAGAGCAAGCAACUUCUGUUUGAAAGCAAGGAACCCUUGCUUUUGUGAAGAAAACCACCACUUCAUGUACAACUACUGCAAAGAUUCCUGCAACUGGUGUGACUCGUCUGAGAAUGUCGGUGAGUAUUAUAAAUAAACAUUGUUCAUAAGCAAUAACGCAUUUCAGAAUGACCAAAGUGAUAAAUGUUUAGAGACUAAGUUAGACACGUUUCCGUUAUACAUAAAAAUCAACUCAGUAACUCUGUUUCAGUAUCCGGCACACAAGCUCAAACAUAUGUAUACGCAAAGGGAUAAAAAUGUUCCUUUUCUUGUGCUUGAUCAAAAUUGGAAGAUUCUUCUUAUUCCGUGUAAGCGGAAUAAGAAGAAUCUCUGCGACAUUUCGACUUUUCGAAGAAGAAUCUCUGACGAAUUUCUGCGACAUUGUUGCAACGGCAACGGCAACGAGAACGUCAAAAAAGCAAUAAGUUUAUUUAGCAGAGCAACAACUUGCAACGUGCAUCAUGAUUUUUUUUUUUACAUUUUUUGCCGUCACUGCACGACUACGAAGUGAAAAUGCCUAAUUUCAAGUUUUACGUAAGACGCAAACAAGCUACGUCAAAAUUUUUCUUGACGUUUUCGUUGCCGUCGACGUCCUCGAUGCUAAGGCUCCCUGAUUGUUUCGAAUCGUCACUUCAUUGUGACAACAUUGUUGCUAAUAAAACCGUCCUUGUAACAUCGCUAUAAAGAGUUGAAGCAGCUGCUCCGGCAUCAAGCAGGGUGGCUUUGACAAAUAGUAAGACAAAAUAUGUUUUUGAAGAGUUAAAUGAUCGUACAAUGUGUUCAUCAUCUCAACAGGACACAAAUUCUGGAGAAUUGUCAACGAAGCAGAUCUGGAUAGAUCCUGGGUAAUAAGCCAGAUUAAGUUUUACUCUGACAAGCACGCAAAACAUCCUUUGGAUACUUCAGAUGUUACUAAAGCGUUCGCCAGCUCCAGUUACCUAGGAUAUGACCCUAAAAGUGUGUUUGAUAACAAGACCUCCACCUACUGGCUUCCAAAUGGAUGGUAUAAACACGGUCCAGGCGAGGAUUUCGUUGGCUACGAAUUUUCACAGCCUGUUGCUGUGAAUUCUAUCCGCGUGGUCCACCAAUCAGGACAAGAUAACGUUGUGUCUAAGAAGAUGUUCGUAGAGGCUGCUGAUGCGUAUGGUGGACCCUACGUUACCAAAUGGAUCAUUGAAAACACUAAAGGAAAAAGCAAUAAAAGAUUCAACAAUCAAAGUAGGUGGUUAGCGACUUGAUUCGCUCAUAGGUUGUAAUCGUAUAAUAUUUGUUUUAUUUUCUAGUCUUUAAAUCAACUGCGAUGGAAAAAGAUAGUUUAUCCCAAUUUUCUUUCUGAAGUGGUAGUAAUGUCCCUUUUAUGUGGAUCCCAAUUUGAAAGGAUAACAAUCGUUUAGUUUUGUUAGGGAACUAAUGAACCACCAACUGCCAAACCAAAACAGAUCAGUCCUAACAAGCAUGCGCAUGAAUUACCUGGGUCCGUGGGGUCCAAACAUGGAAGACCUUAGCACAUACUCAAUCAUAACCUUGGCAUGCUUGACGCUCGUUUCUUCCAUCUGUUUUUUCAGCACGUCUUUAAUCAUUUCCAAAAUAUAAAUUAUUCACAGCCGUGCGGUGACAAGGUCUUUGAUUUUUUUUAAAUCUGUAUGUCAAUUUCAAAACAAUAGGCAAGAAACCGUUUAGCAAUGCUUCUCUCCACUACAGUGUAUGACACUGAAGUGAACUAAUAUCGUAAUUGGGGAGAAUCGAAAUUCUUAGGUUAAGGUACCGGCAUAGCUUAUGUUCCCGUACUGUGGAGUACCUUUACCUUUAGAUCAUCUAUUUAUAAACGACAGAUGAAAACUAACAUAAUGCUUUUUUUACAGUGUGUCCUCUUUUCUGGAGACGUUUUGCAACUGAUCAAGGUGUCUACUGUUUCAAGUUGAUAACCGAAUUCAUGACCUGGCAUGACGCAAGAGACAAAUGCGGUGAAUACGGCGCUGAUCUCAGCUCCAUCAGGGGGGAGGAGGAAGCAGACUUUGUUAAGAACCAAGUCCAGCUGUGCGGGUAGGUAUCUCUUCAAAGUAUAUUUGGUAAAAUCAUAACCUGUUGGGUGUAUAGACCACGCGCUUGGGCGGCUUGGGCGGCUUUGAUAAACAAUCAGGUCAAUCAAGGACCGUAGUCUCUCGCAUGCGCUUCUCCGAACCUAUCUUAACUUUCAUUCGUAACAAGAGUUUUGAUCUGCUUACUAGAUGUAGUUUCUGCGCUUCUUUGCAAAAGUAAUUACUUUAUCAAGAUGGAUCAACCAUAAUUCGUCGAAAGCUGGUCUUACAGAAGUCAUAAUCUGGUUCUUUUCCCCACGCCGAGAGUGGAUCAAUAGAAUAAUUUGCUGUUAUCAUAAUCAAUUAAUUCUUGGGGUGGGAAUUGUGGGUGAUACUCACUGCGAAAUCUCCCCAACAUGGAGGGCUAGUCCUUUAUCUCGCCUCUUACCCUCGAUCCGCGAUCUUACUCGUAAGCCUCAUCAUCCAGACAAAGUAACAGGCCCAGGAUGACCCCUAAAGAAGUAGUGCUAUUCAGUGAAAAUGAACUGACGUGGAGUCCCGCUCUACGGACUCCCGCUUAUUACAGACACCCGUUUAUAGCAAACAGUUUCGUUGGUAUAUUUUCUCUAAAAUCGACCCUCUUAAUACGAACACCGGUUAAUAAGGACAAUGGUCACUUUUAUGUGUCCCUAGUCACAAACUCUCUUAUAUCGUCAACCUCGCUUUACAAUCAUGUGCCAAUUGUAGACAUUGUAUUCCGUUAAAAUGUUGACAGUUUUCUAUGAGUUAAUACGACUUUAUUACUUAAAAAAGUAGGAAAAUAUCGUGACAUGUUUGACGUCCGUCUUUUUUCGCUUGUCUGGCCCCUGUACUGAAGCCCUUAAACAAAGUUUUCUUCCUUCUACUACACAGCUUUGAAUUCCUUGGAUUUAUGCUGAAGUCUUUGGUCUUACUGUUCUUCUUCUUCUUAAGCUCUAUAAGGCCCGUUUCAAACUUCGUGCUACUGCCGUGCCGAACUCAAUUCAUAAAUUAUAAAUACAUUAGAAUACAUUUAAAAGUUUGCUUAACUGUUUUUUUUAUUUUUGUGUUUUGUUUUCGGCAAAAGCCGUACUAUUCGACUGAAUUAAAUUCGACGUCUGAAACCAAGUCGUGCUAGUGUCAUGCUGCAGUCAAGCUACAGUCGCGCCAGCUUAGCACGGCAGUAGCACGUCGUUUGAAACAUGCCUAAGUCAUGUGUCCGAUAAGUUUUUUUUUCUGAGAGCCUGUUAUUGUAUGUCCUCUUUGUGACUGUAUUAACCGAGGACAGUCCAUUGUAAUUUUUUGCCUUUGCUUUUACACAGAUAUACUUGGAUUGGUCUUAACGACUUGAAGAACGAAAGUGACUAUCAGUGGAGUGAUGGCGCAAACUUAACUUAUAAAUCCAUGAAUUCACAAAUGGAUUACAUGAAAGACGAAAGAGCUGAACAGGAAAUGGACUGCAUUGCCUCAGAUCAAAAUGGACAGUGGUCAAAUUUCCAUUGUGAUGAUAAAUUCUACGCUCUUUGCAAGAAGAAGCUUAGUAAGUGACUGAUAACUGAUCAGAGUUGGGUUAACACUCAGCAAACAAAAGGAGUUGGCUUAGAGGAUCGAAAGAUUUAUAUCUACUAGAGUUGAUAGACUAAUAGAGACUUGUUUGACUGAAUGGUAAAUUCCUUGCGCUUCCAUUUUAUCGAGUCUCACGAGCCUCUUUAUUAGCUUACUGAAAUUUUAUCCUUGUAGUUAACAAGAAUUCCAUUGUUUUACUCUCUUCGUUUUCGGUACUUUCUCUUUAUGCUUCACAUCAAUGUCUUCUAGUCUUUGCACUGAUUCUAGAGAGUAAACAAAAACUAAUAAAAUGAAAAGAUGGAGGGAAGAGAUUGAAAGGUAAAAGAGUAAGAAGCUAGGUAGUGGGGCGUCUUUCUCUUCACGCAUCAUGAAAUCAAUGUCAAGUGUCUUAAAGAUCCAGCAAUCGUUUGCAAUAGUUUGGGAAGUAUUCGUCAAUCGCCAGGGACGAAAAUGUCCAAAUUGUCUAGCCGUUGUGUGUUUUAGGCGAAUCUUGCACUUAUAUUACACUACAAGUUCAUUUCUUUCUAUUGAUAGAACCAGAAGAUGAUGAAGAUGACGAUGAGGAAGAUGAAGCCGAGGAAGUCAAGAGUCACAAACAACACAUUAAAUACCACAUUUUAAAGAAAAACAAAGUGAGAAAACACAAGAAAAAAGUGAGCUUGGGUAAGUAAGACACAAAAAAAUGACAUUGAAGAAAGAGUUAGAGCCUGAUUUCAUGGAGGUGGGGGACCCCAGGUAGGUGAGGUAACCCGAGGAGGGUCACCCAACCUUUUAUGUUAACGUGACCAAAUUAAAAUGAGAGAUUAUACGGACAAGCGGGUUACCCCACCUAAGCGGGUUACCUCACCUACCAGGGGUCUCCCACCUCCAUGUAAACACGCAUUAAGUUAAUAAUUUGGUACCAUGUCGUUGUCCUGCACGUGUUACUGAAAACGACUGUAUUUGUGACAAAAGGGAAAAUUGACUCUUAACGCAACAAUACUGAUUUGAUCAAACUUGCAUCGGGUGCUUUUUCUUGUUCUUUUUCCACUAGUUCAUUGAAUUGGAGGUUUGCGAUGUGACAGUGUUACUGCCCUCUUUUUCUAAUUGGUCCCAAAAGAUGGGACAUGCAUAUGGUGCAGUUAGUUUGUGGCGCAAUGCGUCAUAGUUUGACAAAGAGUGAUGAAAAGGUGCGUCUAGCGAAAUGAGGACAUCGUUGGUUCGACCACUUUGGAACUCAUCAGUGUAUUGUAGCCGCAAAUAUAAUGAAAUUGAGCAAAAAAUCACCCAUCUCAUAACUGCAGCUUUUAGAUCCUUUUCUAGAAGAGCUAGAGAAUCAUAUGAUCGCCUGUUGCCCUAUUUAAAAUUACAAUUUAAAACUUGUAGACGCUGUUUGAGUGCCCUCUUCAUCCAGCUAGGAGUUCAGAUAUUGAAGCACGGUUUAUUUUUGCUGCAGCUGAAGAACUAAAAGACGCUAAAUCAAGCGGAGCUGAAGAGGAAGAUGAGGAGGAGACAGCCGACGAGGACGCCAUUCGGGAGGCUGUGAAAGCUCAGAAGAAUUCUAAGGACAGCGGAGAAGAAGAAGAAGAUGACGACGACGACGAUGAAAGAGAAGAUUCUGCCUCAGGAUCAGGUCGAUCGGCCAGCACCAUUCCGGACAAACCAAAUAAGAGGUCUCCGCACAAAGUUUGGAAAUUCUAG